AAGUAUUUCAAAGUCAACAAAACAUGUCAUUGAAAAAAAAUAGUAUAUAAAAUUCUUAAUAAACACUAUCAUUCUCUUUCACUCUUCCGAAUACUGAACAUUAUCUCCUUCCAUGGAAGCUCCAGAUCCUUCUCAACCAACCUUCACCACCCACGUGGUGGCUGUUCCAUACCCAGGAAGAGGCCACAUCAACCCAAUGAUGAACCUCAGCAAAUUACUCCUCUCCAACAACCCCAACAUCCUCAUUACCUUCGUCGUCACCGAAGAAUGGCUCGGCUUCAUCGGCUCCGAAUCUAAGCCAAACAACAUCCAAUUCGCCACUAUUCCAAAUGUUAUUCCCUCCGAAGAAGGUCGAGCCAACGACUUCGUUAACUUCCUCAAAGCUGUUGUGACCAAAAUGGAAGAACCUUUUGAACGGCUACUCGACCGGCUUGAGCCACCACCGACCGUGAUAAUACACGAUACUUACCUAUUCUGGGUUGUGCGCGUUGCGAAUCGGAGAAAUAUUCCAGUUGCGUCGUUUUGGCCAAUGUCGACGUCGUUUUUUCUUGUGCUUCAAGCCGGGUUGUUGAAAAAAUUGACGAAAUUUACUAUUUUUAGUCUGUAUUAG